AUGGAGGUUACGUCCGUUAGUCUGUGCCUUUUCAGUGGUUUGCUUUUCUUGAGUUUUUCUUUGGCGUGUGAUUGGGACGAUGAUUGCCCUGGGCAAAGCUGCUGUAGAUACACAGAAACUGGAAAAAGGCUAGAAAUGGGGCUUUGUGUUUCGCGAAUUUGUGGUGCUGGUGUUUGUCGAACCCAAGCCGAUUGUUUUCCAAACAAGAGAUGCGACACUUCUGAAUUUCGCUGUACAACAGAGUGCUCCACUGAUGACCACUGUCGAGAGAUUCAUGGUCAAAAUAGCGGAUACACCUGUACUUACAGCGAAGUAUUAAAGCAGAAUUGAUGCCAUAAGAACAGUGAUUCCGCAAUCAACAUGGAUUCUGAUACUGUUCGGUUCAUCUACAUUUCAUGUGCAGUGCUAGGUUUCUGUUUGAUCGUCGUCUGCGUGCGCCAAUGGAGAAAGAGAGGGCAGUCAGCUAGGCAAAUGGCCACAAGAAAUACACUUUCAACAGGAGGAGCUAAUAAUGCACAGGGAAGAAGGAAUGUUGAAAGCCUGGUUGAAAGACCUGCAGCAUUACAAAUGACCGCUAAUCAGACACAAAUCGAACACUCAAACGGUUUAACCGUUGAUGCUAUUGCCCUAAGUGGGCCUCCUUCAUAUGUGGAGGUUGGAGACGUGCCAGAAUCUCCUCCACCAACUUACGAGGAAGCUACAAAUGCCUGA